AUGCUUACACAAGACGGACAGGUCGAGGCGGCCAUCACGGUCCACGGACCACGGCGACGGCGCAGUGAGCGUACACGUUCCGCUGUGCCAUCCAUGGCCACGGUGAAGACGGGACGCGGAAACCUUGCGCCCCUUGAUGAGCGCCUCUCGACUGCAGCUCACCGUGAAAAGAAGCGGCGAUCCAUGCACUCGGAUGGGAGCGCCACUUCCACCGGAUGUUGGAGGGCCUCGUCUGGUGGAGCAGCCGCCAUGAUGACCAAUUGGUAG